CAAGAAUCCAUAGUGAGAGAAUCAGUCGAUAAGUAUCUCUUCUUCGGCCACCCCCAUUCUGCCGUCUCCCUUUACCUCACAAUUCACAUAAUUCAAGUUGCAGAAGAUCUGAUAACUACACAUUUCCGGUUGUGAUUAAGGCCUGCGCCGCCGUUAUGGCAUUUUGGGCGGGAAUGCAGGUGCAUGGUGCAGCUAUGAGAAGCGGUCAUGGUGGUCAUCUCCUGGUUCAGACUGCUCUUGUAGAUUUCUAUCCAAAGAUUGGGGUUUUGGAAGAUGCACGAAAGGUGUUUGGUGAAAUUUCUGAACCGGAUUUGGUAUCAUGGAACGCACUCAUCUCCGGCUGUUCUCUGAAUGGAUUCUAUCAGGAAGCGUUUGAGUUGUUUAAAGAGAUGAUUUUGUCUGGUUUGAAGCCUAAUGGAAGCAAUUUCGUUAGUCUUAUCCCUAUCUGUGUUAAGCUAGGAGCUACAGUUCUCGGUUUUUCCCUGCAUGUUUUAGCUCUCAAGUAUGGAGUUUUAGCUCCCCAAGCUUCCGCGGUUUCUUCUCUGAUCUCAAUGUAUUCUUCCUUCCGGGACCUUAGUUCUGCUUUAAACUUGUUUGAGUUGCAGGAGGUGAAAGAUUUGGUUUCAUGGAAUUCGAUGAUUGCCGCUUAUUCUCAGAACGGAGAACCAGACAAAGCAUUCAAGAUUUUUUGUCACAUGAAAUUCGAAGGAGAAAGGCCUGAUUUUGUCACAAUCUCAUCCAUUCUUUCCUCCUGUCACCUCUCCUCUAUCUGCUACAUUGAGUUGAUUCAUGCAAUGGCAAUCAAGGAUGGAUUGGUGAACGAAAAUGCGGUAAUAGCCUCGUUCGUGUCAAUGUAUGCUAAGAGUAAUGAACUCCAAGCAGCCGUGCUUCUGUUUCAGAGUGCAACAGAGAAGAAUCUUCUUCUCUUUAACUCUGUUAUCUCUGGUUAUCUUCUUCAUGGCCUCCCAAGCUUGGCUCUGUCUACUUUCUCUGAUAUGAUCAUUCGAGGAGUUAAUCCUGAUUCAAUCUCUUUGAUAAGCACCAUAUCAGCAUGUGCUGCAUCUUUCGAUCCACGUUCAGGAAAGUCUCUUCAUGCUUACAGCAUAAAAAACGAUUUUUUAUCAAACAUCAAUGUGAUGAAUGCUUUGUUGGCAUUCUAUUCAGAUUCUAACCAGCUCCAAUGCGCCCUUAAGUUAUUCGAUAUAAUGCAAGAUCGAAAUUUGAUUUCUUGGAACACUUUGAUAUGUGGAUGGGUUGAUAUUGGGGAAACUCACUCCGCCGUCACCUUCUUCAAGCAAAUUGGUCAUGAAAAUCUGAAAUUUGAUUUGAUAACAUUGAUCAGUAUCCUCCCCAGCUUCUACAAAUCAGAAAACAUCGCUCUCGGGAAGUCGUUUCAUGCUCUUGCGAUUAAGACGGGAUUCGAUUCCGAUACAACCUUAACAAAUGCGCUCAUAAGCAUGUACGCGAAUUGCGGUUUCGUCGACGACAGCCAUGUUUUGUUUGAGACUUUAGCUUUCAGAAGCAUCGUCUCUUGGAACGCUUUAAUGACUGGGUACAGAAAGUUCAAAUCUUCAAAACAGGUGAUGGAUUUGUUUCAUCUGAUGAAAGAAGAUGGGAAGAAGCCGAAUUCAGUCACGUUGCUGAACAUAUUAUCGAGCUGCGAGACUCAGAUUGGAGGAAGAUCAAUCCAUGGAUUUGCCCUUCGAAAUUUUGACAGUUUAGAGAUCACAGUCCAUACUUCAGCACUCUGCAUGUAUGCCAGAUUUCAGAACUUGGAAUACUGUUUUCGUCUUUUUCACACUAUGGAUCGAAAGAAUGUCGCUUCGUGGAAUACAAUGAUGUCGAUCUAUCCACAUGGUAAACAUGCGCAAGUUUUGAUUUUGUUCAAGGAAAUGCUUGAAUGCCGAUCCAGAUGUGGUAACAAUGCUCAGUCUGGUUUCUGCUUGUUCUCAACUGGGUCGUCUUGA